CGAAAAGCAGUGUGCAGCUCCCACACGCCCGCCAAGUUCAAAAUCAACGCCUGACAAUGACAGCUGCAGCGACGUGGCGGCGCCCACUAGGCCAAGCAGAGACUGAGGCAGAGGCCGUACCAGCUGCAGCAGCAGCAGCAGCAGCAUCACGUGCAGCAGCGAUUCCAAUCAAAACAACAAGAGCAACAAGGAUAGCGCCAACAGCAGCAACAAGAGGGCGAAGGAGCACAGCAGCAACAACAACACCAACAACAACAACAACAACAAUCAAUGGGCUCGACACGACAAGGGGACGUCGUCGUCGUCAGCGAGUAGGCUGCACCCAAUGGACGGAGACGGGCGCCAGAGCGGGUAUGGGCAUCAGCCUGGAAGAGCGAACGAUGCCAACGAUGACGUCGCUGUGGCUGCUGCUGCCAUCGAAUGCGACAGCCUGGCUGCUCUUGGCCCUGCUCUGCCUGCUCGGCUGCCUCUGCCCCUUCACAGAUGCCUUGGAGGAGGACUGUGUUGACUUUCAGGGCAACAAGGUCAACCAUGGCAUGCUGUAUGUGCCCGGGCCCGGUGUGUGCAGCCUGUGCGUCUGCUAUCACUCCGAACCACUCUGGUGCAAGGCCAUCUACUGUGAUCCGCCCUACUUUUGCAAAAACUUUCGAGUGGGUGAACGUUGCUGCGAAUUCGAGUGCCUCGAUCCGCCUGGCGAGGAUAAACUCUAUCAGGAGCGCAUGCGAAAACGUGCUGAAAUAUUGGCUGGCAACAGCACCGCCACGAACGUGAGGCUGGCUCCGCUGGCCAUGUCCUCCAUAAUGCUCGGGUUCCUUGGCAACAACGUCCUCAACUUAUAACUUGAAGACCAACAGCCAGCGGGCAGCAGUAGUGGCAGCAUCAGUUAGAGAUUCUAGCUAAAUCAAUUUUAGGAAAAAAAAACAAAACAAAACAAAACAAACUCCCCAAAAGAAUGAAUUUCAAAUCAGAUAGCCCCACAUUUUUGUUGCUCCUAAAAAAACAAAAAAAAAAACAAAACAAAACUCGUAGAACUCUCCAGACAAAACUUAUUACAAUGUAAUAGACAAAACCAAACAAAUUAUAGAGAUAUGCAUACAUACAUAUGUGCUAUAAAUAUGUAUGGUAUGUAUGUAUCCUCAUAGAUGCAGAGAAAGUGCCGUCGAGACGUAGGUUUUCAACUUAUAUGCCCCAGACUUAUAUGGGUACAAUAAUAAUAGUUUCCGGAUGCACGCCGAGAACCAAAACUCAAAAACCCCAAAAACCACAACCCCCUCAAAGCCCUCAAAGCCCUUCUUUCAUCAAGCAAUUGCAGUGUGAUCCGCGAAUCGAUAGUUAGCAAACUCAAGAGCAAAAAUUUCUAACAUAUAACAUAGACAUUUACUUAUUUACACAAAGGAAGGAUGGACAACACCAAGAAACCAGAACAAACUCAUCAAGCGAACGAAUAAGACAGUCUCUAGCAUGUAAGAUCCAAAA